AUGAAAGCAGACACCUCAAAAUCAAUUCGAGUGGCCGCCGCGCAGAACGAGCCCGUAUGGGGAGACCUGGAAGGUACAGUCAACAAGACUUUAGAUAUUAUCCGGGAUGCAGCUUCAAAAGGCGUGCAGAUGCUUGCGCUCCCAGAGCUCUGGAUACCGGGCUACCCAAAAUGGAUUUGGAGCCUUCCGGCGCUCGAGUGGGCUGGACAUUGGGAGAAAUACAUCGCCAACUCGUUAAAGGUUGACUCACCGCAAAUGAUGCGGAUAAGAAUGUGUUGCCAACAAAAUCAGAUAUGGGUCAAUGUUGGAUUCGCCGAAAGAGAUGGCUAUAGCUUGUACAUGUCCACCUGUUGGAUCACCAGUACCGGCGCCAUAGCGAGUCAUCGCCGGAAGAUCAUGCCGACCGGGGUCGAGCGGGUCAUGUUUGGUCAGAGCAGCGGCGACUCCCUCGACAAUGUGAUCGACUCGCCAUUCGGCAGGCUCGGCUCGUUGAUGUGCUGGGAGCAUGCUCAGCCUCUGCUAAGGUAUCAUACAGCAACCCAAGGAGAAGAGAUCCAUGUUGCCUCCUGGCCCUAUUUGUUCCCCGAGAGUGCCGAGGAGUUGCACACGGGCAUGACGAACGUUGGCUGUCUUACCCUCUCUCGCGCGAUGGCAAUAGAAGCCGGCACAUUCGUUCUCGUUGCCACUUGCGUGAUGUCAAAAUCCGGCGCGCUGUUACUGGGCCUCAAACCCGAGGCCAGCGAGAAAAGAACGUUCCAAAUUCCAGGAGGUGGCGCCUCCAGGGUGUUCGGACCUGAUGGCAGAGUAAUUGCUGGUGGAGAUAUGCCGGAUGAUAUGGAAGGCCUGGUCAUUGCCGAUAUUGACGUCCAAGAAGUUGUCACGGCUAAGACACUGAUGGAUAGCAUCGGACAUUACUCGCGUCCAGACCUACUAACUUUAAGCGUCAAUACGACCCGCCAUCCCGUAGCUGUGCAACGAUCAACGGAUCAUAAGCUUGCCGCAAGUAUCAUCAGUCGCUACCCGACUCUCGAUAUCGACACGGCUCAACAGAGGGAAGAAGUCGGACUCGAUGCUGCAUCUGGGCCUCAGGAGAGCAAUGGAGGCUCCGAAGUCAUGGUAUGA